CAUUUGCUGAAAUUUUUGUGUGUUAGUCGUCCCUGCAGUUACGAAGGCUGUUAGGUGCGGUUGCAGGCGGAGCUGCGGUGGCUUGUUGCGGUAGAGGGUAAGUUGGAGGGAUGGGCGAAGUGGAAGAGGAGGUGGUGGGAGAGUCUCCGGUUGAGGCGGCGAGCGGCAGCGAUGCAAUGGCGGUUGAUGGGGGAAAAGCGAGGGGCGGCGAGGGGAAGGGGGGGAGGGUUCGUGGACCGUGGUUGCCGCAUGAGGAUAGGGUUCUCAGCGAGCUGGUGGGGAAGUUCGGGGCGAGGAAUUGGAGCCUGAUUGCUCGGGGGAUUCCCGGUCGGACUGGGAAGUCGUGCCGUCUACGGUGGUGCAAUCAGCUCGACCCCUCGGUCGAGCGCAGGCCGUUUUCUGAGGAAGAAGAUCGUUUAAUCAUAGAAGCGCACGCAGUUCAUGGAAAUAAAUGGGCAGUUAUCGCAAGACUUCUCUCAGGGAGAACAGAUAAUGCAAUCAAAAACCACUGGAAUUCUUCGUUAAAGCGAAGGUCUGGGAAUCACAGGAGAUCAGUACCAGCAGCUGGCCUCGUGUUGCCUAAUGCCACCACUGUAUUGGACAAAACAUUCUCGGAUGAAACCUCAUCAGGCGGAAAUUUGAGUUCCUCGAAAUAUUCAGAUGAUCUGGUAAUAAAAUACGUAACGAUUCAACCAAGCGAACAUGACAAAGCCCAAACUACUUUAGGAUGUGAUUCGCUCAAACCAAGUGCACCUAAUCUAUCUGGUGGAAAUAUGAAAUUGAGUUCUGCAGAUAGGGGAGAUGUGAGACCGGUGGAAGAUCAGCUAAAGAGUUUCGAAGACAACACUCGAACUUCUGUAAGCAAUUGUCUUCCAGAGCGAAAUCCACUCGCAUCUGAAAACAAUUACACCUCUGCCAACCAGAGCCAGCCUGGGGUUUCUCAGCCUGUCACAAAAGUCGGGGCUUUCAGUGUGUAUAAUCCUCCCAGACACGACUCUCCAUUUCCGGGAACUUUGCCGGUGCAAGGGUCUCUGCUUCAGCCAUCCAAGCUGAGUUUUGACAUUUGCAGAUUCGUUGGUGACGACCCUGUGGUUCCAACCCAAUGUGGCUAUGGCUGCUGUGCAGCCUCCAGUCGACAUUCUUAUCCCAACUCAUUGUUGGGAGCAGAAUUUGUCGAAUAUGAAGAACCCCCGACUUUCUCAAGCCAAGAGAUGCUGCAUGUGGCUGCAGAUUUGAAAAAUAUUGCCUGGAUUAGAAGUGGUCUCAAGAGUACCAGGAGUGUUUCCGGUGGCGGGAAUGACCAGCGAAUUUCUGGUGGCAUAUCCGAAUGUAAGAAUGUGGAAGGAAGCCCCAAAAGUGACCAUUUACCAUGUGAAGGAAGAAACCAAAUUCUCAAGACGACAAGAGAAGUGGCAACAACAACGGCACAUACGUUGCGCGCUCAGGUAGAAGGCUUUAGCUGAUUUCUUUACUCUGAGCACGCUAGAAAUGCAUUAGCUUUUCCAUGGAAUGUUGAAGUUUUGCUCUGAAUUGGUGAUUGUCGAUGUAUACAAUGUUUGCAAAAUGAAUCUUGCGACUCAGGCACGAUCGGAA